AUGACGCAUUUUGUUAUCGGCUCCGCUUUUGGCCCGCAUCCGUAUCCGACUAUCGUGCGCACGUUCCAGACUGUCAUUGGAACUGAGACUCGGGUUCAGUUCGGUGCGGUGAAUGCAGGUAGACUGCCUGAUGCGCUUGUUUCCUGUGUGGGCGGUGGAUCGAAUGCUGUUGGUAUGUUCUAUCCUUUCCUAGGUGACGCAUCUGUUGCUCUUGUCGGUGUCCAGGCGGAUGGUGAUGCGUCCAUGGCGGGCCAAAACUCUGCUUUGCUGGAUCGAGGCCCUGUUCGUGAGUCGCCGGGGUUGCAGAUUCCCUCGUCUGAGGAUGACGAUUGGGAGGUUGACAAGAUGCAUUUUGUCUCUUCUCGGCUUCAUUAUCCUGGUGUUGGGCCUGAGUUGUCGAGUUGGAAGGGAUCUGGUCGGGUUAGGUUCGUUGCGGCAAAUGAUUCGGAUGCCCUGAUGGCUUUUUCGUUGCUCUGCCAGCUUGAGGGAACUAUGCCUGCACUUGAGGGUUCUUAUGCUAUUUCUGGUGGUAUGCAUGUUGCGAAGGAGUUGGGACCUAAGCGUGAUGUUGUUGUUUGUCUGAGUGAACGGGGAUAA